AUGGAAGAAACUAAUCCAACAUCAAUUCCAUUUCAAGAUCAAAAUGAAGCUAAUCUUAUGAUACAAGUUUCUAUUCAAGAACCAUAUGUAAUCAAUCCAAUAGGAAAAAUAUCUAUUGCUUGUAUUAAUUGUGGUGUGAAAAAUAAUCAAUUACGAAUUUUAUGUCAACUCGGUGCAAAAGUAACAGUCUUUCCAUGGAAUUAUCCUGUUAGACAAGAUGGUAUUUUAUUUGAAAAACUAAAUAAAAACUUUUACUUUCUAGAAUUUGAUGGUUUAUUUUUGGGUAGUGGUCCCGGUAAUCCACAAACUCAAUAUCCAGAAACUAUUACAAUUAUUAAAUCAUGGAUUACAAGUAAAACUAUUAAACCGGUAUUGGGUAUUGGUCUCGGACAUCAAGUAAAAAUUUUACAUAAAUUUCUUCUUUGAUUGAAAUUAAAUAACCCAUUGUAUGAAAAAUAUUUAGCUGAACAAUUAACAAAACGUGUUAGUGAUGCUAAUGCACCACCAUCAGCAUUUUGUGGUGAUUGUUUAAAUUGUGGACAAGAAGGAGAAAUUGAUUAUGCAGAACGACAAGCAAUUAAAGCUAUAAAAGAAGAAUAUAUCAAAACGAUAUUAAUCAAUCCAAAUUAUAAUAUAGCUAGAACAUCAAUCAAUCUUGCAAAUAAAGUACUAUGUGUACUAAGAAUAUCAACUGAUGUUAAAAGAUUUAUUGAAUUUGAUUGCCCUGAUGGCAUUUUACUUGGUUUUGGUAAAGAAAUAUCAUUAAAUUG